GACCUGCUUUGUGGAAAAUUUUCCACAUGGGGUGAAAUUUAAGCCUAGUUUCCCUGUGAGUCAAUCCGUGACACCGUGCGCAUAGCACAAGGUGGCGCCAGUGAGCUGUAGAAAUUAGAACAAACUUGACCACUCUGGCCUUUUUACCCCCCUCUACUUUGUCUUUACACCUCAUUUGUCCCUCUUUCAGCUUCUUCUGAACCAGGCAGAAAAAGGAAUCCGUUCUAUUACUGCAGGCAAAGGAGAGAUUAGUGUAGGCUGUCAUUUGCUUCAGAAGUCAGUACUGGAAGCACUCCUAAAACAGUACCAGUUGGCUGUGUUUUCUCUGGAGGUCUAUCUGCCUCUGCCUCCCACAGCCACCACCUUUCCCUGGGUGGCUGCCCAGAGGCCUCUGCCCGAGGGUUUCCCAUCUCCCUUUGCCUGGGCAGCCUGCGGCCUCAGUGGGAGGUGGUUCAGGCUUCUGGCUCCUCUGCAGCGGGACCAUCUGUAUUUGAUCAAUCCAGGCGGAAAGGAGGGGGUGGGGGCUGUAAAGAGACUAUGAAAGCAUUCCAGAGUAGUGAGAAAGAUCCAGAGAGAAGGCACCGCCCCCACCCCGCCUCCAAAGCCAACCCCGGGUCUAGAGCGGAAGAGACGGACAGACUACAAGCACCCCCCUCGCUGGGCUGCCAUGGGGCCCAGCACCCCUUUCCUCCUCUGGCUCCUGUUGUCGUGGUGGGGACCCCUUGGAGGACAGCAGCACCACCUUGUGGAGUACAUGGAACGCCGACUGGCUGCCUUAGAGGAACGGCUGGCCCAGUGCCAGGACCAGAGCAGUCGCCAUGCAGCUGAGCUGCGGGACUUCAAGAACAAGAUGCUGCCGCUGCUGGAGGUGGCUGAGAAGGAGCGGGAGGCGCUCCGGACGGAGGCGGACUCCAUCUCGGGGAGAGUGGACCGUCUGGAGCGGGAGGUGGAUUAUCUGGAGACGCAGAACCCAGCUCUGCCCUGUGUAGAGGUUGAGGAGAAGGUGACUGGAGGCCCUGCGACCAAAGGCAAGGGCAGACGGAAUGAGAAGUACGAUAUGCUGACAGACUGUAGCUACACCAUCUCCCAGGUGAGGUCAGUGAAGAUCCUGCGGCGUUUCGGCGGCUCUGCUGGACUGUGGACCAAGGAUCCCCUGGGGCCAGCAGAGAAGAUCUACGUGUUAGACGGGACGCAGAACGACACGGCCAUUGUCUUCCCAAGGCUGCGUGACUUCUCCCUUUCCAUGGCGGCCCGGAAAGCUGCCCGGGUCCGGGUGCCCUACCCUUGGGUAGGCACAGGGCAGCUGGUGUAUGGGGGGUUUCUCUAUUAUGCCCGGAGGCCGCCUGGAGGGCCUGGAGGCGGGGCUGAAUCGGAGAACACCUUGCAACUCAUCAAAUUCCACCUGGCAAACCGAACCGUGGUGGACAGUUCUGUGUUCCCAGCAGAAGCGCUGAUCCCCCCGUACGGGCUGACGGCAGACACGUACAUUGACCUGGCAGCUGAUGAAGAAGGCCUUUGGGCUGUCUAUGCCACUCAGGAGGAUGACCGGCACUUGUGUCUGGCCAAGUUAGACCCACAGACGCUGGACACCGAGCAGCAGUGGGACACCCCGUGCCCCAGAGAGAAUGCCGAGGCCGCCUUUGUCAUCUGUGGAACCCUGUACGUCGUCUACAACACCCGCCCCGCCAGCCGGGCCCGCAUCCAGUGCUCCUUCGAUGCCAGUGGCACCCUGUCCCCCGAGCGGGCAGCACUGCCCUACUUCCCCCGCCGGUACGGCGCCCAUGCCAGCCUCCGCUACAACCCCCGAGAGCGCCAGCUCUAUGCCUGGGAUGAUGGCUACCAGAUUGUCUACAAGCUGGAGAUGAGGAAGAAGGAGGAGGAAGUGUAAGGAGCCAGCUUUGAGGCUUUGUGCCUCUCUCACUCUUUGUACGUUUAUUGUUGGUGGUUGUGUCCUGGUCGGCAUUCUCCAAAUGUGGGCAAGUUAGGGUUCAAAUCCCUUCUGGUUGGCCAACAGAAGCCCCGCCUCCUGCCCGGCAUCAACACGUUUUCAGUCCAGCCAGAGAGAACCCAGGGCUGGGGAGUGGGUGACAACCCCAGCAAGCAGACAACAGAAUGUCUCUUGCCCUGGGUGCGCCUUGGGGAGGAGGGAAAGAGAAGACAGCUUUGAACUCUGCUCGGUCUCCCUUACUAGUUCCUGAAGAAUGGGGCCUUCUCCGGGUGGUUUUGUAUCGCAACGUUUCGUAACAUUUCCUAUUAAAAAGAAACCCCCCUGCUC